UAAUAAACAAACAUAGUUUGCCAAUCUGUCACCAUGACCAUUCUUUGUAUUAAACCUCAUCUAAAUCUCUCACUCCUUCCCUCUCCCAAUCUCUCCGCCCAAAUCCCAUUUCCUUUUUCUCUCUUUAAUCUCACCCGUACGAUUGAUCGUUAUCACAAAAUUUCCGGCAACCGGCGUUCAAGUUUUCAUCGCCGUUCCGCCCAUGGACCGCCGUGUUCGCACUAACCCAUUUCUCUCCGAGCAAGAAGAUCCUGGAGCCAUGUCGGACGACGGCCUGCCGGGAUCCCCCACCGACGGCAAUGGCUCCAGAAAAAGUAGAAGGGGAGGGCAGAAAAGAGUGGUGUCCGUACCGAUCGGUGACAUGGAGGGAUCUAAGAGCAAAGGGGAAGCAUAUCCACCGUCGGAUUCAUGGGCUUGGAGGAAAUACGGCCAAAAGCCAAUCAAAGGCUCUCCUUAUCCCAGGGGAUAUUACCGAUGUAGUAGCUCCAAAGGCUGCCCGGCCAGAAAGCAAGUAGAAAGAAGCCGUGUGGACCCCACCAAGCUUGUUAUUACCUACUCUUUCGACCACAACCACCAGCUCCCGGCGACCAAAUCUCACCAUCACCAACACCACAAUUCCUCGCCACCCUCCGCCGCCAUCGCUGAGGACUCGUCACCGGGGAGCGCAACCACGUCGCCCUCCAAUUCCGACCACACCAACGCCACCCCCGCGUCGCCAGCGGUGGUUUUCGCGAGUCAGCCGGAACUGGAACUCGGUGGCGACUCGCUGAUGAUAAAACCGUGCAUCGGCGAUUUUGGAUGGUUGGCUGACGUGGCGUACGAUAGAAUCCUGGAGGGCCCGAUUUAUGGGGGAGGCGACAUGUUCGACGACGCCGAUGUAAUGGUUUUGUCUGCAAGAGGAAAUGACGAGGACGAGUCGUUAUUUGCGGAUCUUGGGGAAUUACCUGAAUGCUCUGUGGUUUUCGGCCGGCGGCGAGCGGUCCAACCCGACGGACCGAACCGGACAUGUGGCAGGGUUUUAGAUUGCUAGCGGUUUUUUUUAAGGAUUUGGUUGGUUUGUGUUACAGGAACAUGACCGUAACACUUUUCUUUCGCUUUUUUCUAGCUGGACUUUCCAAUUGCCAAUUGGCGAUCGCUUUGGACACUUCACAAAGAAAGAAAAAAGAGGGGGAGAGGAUUUUUCUACAUAAUUAUUAUUAUUUUUUUCUUUCUAAUUUAGUUUUAAAUUGGGAUCGGUGGGUUUCUUCUGUUGUACAGUGAAAGUUAGUCAAGAAUAUUGAGAAAAUAAUGAAAUUCUGUUUCCUUUUGAAAUAAA